GCCACCGUGUGGUUGCCGGGAAUUGAACUCAAGACCUCUGGAAGAGCAGUCAGCUCUCUUAAACGCUGAGCCACCUCUCCAGCCCAUGGACGUGCAUUUUCUGUUUGUGAGUCCAUUGUGAGUGUUUAACUUGAUAAGGGCAAAGUACUUGAAUUUGUGUAAGUUGAGCAUAUCCAACAAUUUUUUUUUUGGUUUUGAGGCAGGUCUGCCUCAAAUGUCUUUCGUUCAUGCUGCCUACAUGACUGGAAUUACAGAACGUUACACCUGCCAGGAAAAAUAUUUUCUAAUUCUCAGGCACCCUGAGCCCAUAGGAAGCAGCUGCUAAAUGUACUGACUGCUUCUAACCAGUGACAGCCUCUUUUAGAUUCAGGUGUUAAAGUUUCUGUUGAAACUCGGUAACAUCUUGCUUGGUAAUCAUGAUGGAUCCAGCUCUGAACACAGUGAUGUGCACAGGUGGAGUGGGGUAGGUAGGACAGAGAGGGAAGACACAUCUUAGGGUCUUGCUGGCAAGUCAGUCUAGCUGAAUGAACCUGUCCAUUCCAGGAUCAGUGGCAGAUCCUGUCUCAGAAAAUGAGAUGGCUAAGUCGUUAAGGACAUAUGUUGCUCUUCGGCAGGACCAGGGUUUGAUUCCCAGCACCCGUAUGGUGGCUAACAACUAUAACUCCAGAGGAUCCAACACACUCUUUUAGUGUCUGGGAACACUGCACAUGUGGUACACAGAUAUACGUGCAAGGAAAAACUCACACAUAUAAAAUUUUAAAAUAUUAAGUAAGUGGAAAGAACAGCCAGCAUUCAUCUCUGGCCUACACAGGCAGGCAUGCUCCAAGCUUCACCCAGACCCCCAGGAAACCGACUUUUUUGGUAUCAUGCAAUCAGCAGGCCUAGUCUCUCAGAAUUCUCACCUGUGUACCAUGACUGCCUUGCACCAACAGCCAGCCUCGAGAAGACAAAAUAGCAAGUGUUUUCCUAUUUAUCCAGACAUGAUAUCUACAGAAGCUAUAACCUAGCAACUUCCCAUUUAAUUACUAGUAAAAAUAAUACGGCUGGAGAGAUGGCUCAGCGGUUAAGAGCACUGACUGCUCUUCCAGAGGUCCUGUGUUCAAAUCCCAGAAACCACACGGUGGCUCACAACCAUCUGUAAUGGGAUCUGAUGCCCUCUCCUGGUGUGUCAGAAGACAGCUACAAUGUACUUAUAUAUAAUAACUCAAUCUUUUUUAAAAGAAUAUGCAAGUCAUAAUUUUCUCAAUCUUCCCAAUAAUUCUCAGUAGAAAGCGUAGAGUAUGAGCAAGUCACCCGGCACAGAGAAGAAUCUAAAAAAUUAUCAGGGAGGCGAACUACAUCCAACGCGCAGCUGCUAUGGCCCACGCACGCGCUCGGGAGGGAGGAGUUCCUUGGGAGGAAGUGGGAGACAGGAAGUCCCGCCCUCCUCCCGGUUUGGCGGUCCUCUCUGCUCUGCCCUACUCCGCUCCCUUUGAGCCCAGAUUCAGCCGCGGUUUUCGCGGUUCCCCUUGCGCCUGCGUGAUCCUGUCCUGCCUCACGCGCGGGCUCGUGCUCCGGCUCCCGCCCUGCCUCCGGCCCGCAGUCCCCGGCGCCUUCCUUCGCGGUCCAGGCCGCCCCUCGUGGCGCCAGCACCAUGCAUCUGUGGAACCCUGCACUCUGUGGACCAGUACCUCAAUAUCAAACUAACCGACAUCAGUGUCACAGACCCUGAAAAAUAUCCUCACAUG